AUAUGAAGAUGUCAAGUUUUUUCCUAGAAACAGGUGAAAAUGGUCAACACAGCCUGCAUAUAGGCCACAGAACAAUACACCCAACAGAGGAAACAUAAUCAGGUCUUUCAUUUUAUAUACAUGUAAGUGUGACGUUUAGAUCGAUUUCCUUAAACCAAACCAUCACUUUAGUUACAGGUUGUCAGUUUAUCUCAGUCAUGAGUGCUUAUCCAGUGGAGAGCUCCUUGCAGAAUGGUACAUAUCCUUGGGUCACACCAAGUUCUCUUGGCCAGAAAAGCUGGCCCCCUGGUUAUCAAGCCAGUUUGACAGAUCUAUUCCUGAAGAAGAAUCCACUUCACUUUGGGACAGGAAUAUCCCAACUAGCAGCUGCAUCCAGCUACAUCGAGAAGAUGUCUUCCCUAAAUGAUCAUGUUCAGAAAUGUCCACAUCCUGAUGCUAAAGACAAACCACAUCCAUGUGAAGUCUGCCAACAGUACUUCUCUUUAUACAAUAGUUUGAAAUCAGAUGGAGCAUGUAGCAGUACCAGUAAUUAUAGCUUAGGAGGAGCAUCUAACACUAACAGACCAGUGAGUGCACCUCCUGAAAGAAAACAGCUCCAGCCACCCUUACAACCACCAAUAUCAGGAUCUAUAGAUCCGAACAAUUUAUCCAAGGAAGAACAACUUCUCCCACAACCCCCGUCAUUACCAAGUAGAGAGCAAAAUGAUCCCCCAUACCACGAAGAAAACCAGUCUAUUCGAAGGUCACAUCCUGCUCCUACUAAGAAUUUUAUGUGUCCUGUUUGUUAUAAAUAUUUUACUCAGAAAGGUAAUCUCAAGACUCACAUGAUGAUCCAUACUGGUGAAAAACCAUUUUCCUGUCAAGUGUGUGGGAAGAGUUUUACACAAAAAGGAAAUGUGGACACUCACAUGAAGAUACACACUGGAGAAAAAGAGUUUGGCUGUAAUACAUGUGGCAAGAGGUUCACACAGAAAGGUAACCUGAAGACCCAUAUUCGAAGUGUCCAUGCAAAAGAAAAACCCUUUGCGUGUGGAGUUUGUGGAAAAUGCUUUUCACAGAAAGGCAACAUGCAAACACACAUGAGGACACACAACAAGGAUGACCGCUUUCCCUGUAGCCUCUGUGGAAAGACCUUCUCACAGAAAGGAAACCUUAAAACUCACAUGCAUAGACACACUGGUCAAGUGCCAUCUCGUCGCUAUGGAUCCCAAGGAGGGUCACAUUCUUGUGAAACUACCCCUAACCGUUCAUAUGAUUUAUCAGGAACUACUCCAUUUGUUCCUUAUAAUUUCCACAAAUCUUCAACUGCUUCAAAAGUGUCUUCAGAAUCUCCUCUUCCUCCAUCAACAUCUAAUCAACCUAUGGAAUCUAAUGGCCAAACUUUAAGAAAUAUCCAGAGUCCUCCACAUUCCCAGGUUAUAAAACCUAUUCCUGAAUCUCAUCCACACAUGAGAACAUCUCCUUUAUCCCAGAUAUCUUCAGGAGCCCAGAGUUCAUCUCUUCCUCAGUUUUUCCACAGAGCACCUCCUCCUAUUGAAGCUCAUUCAAAUAUGGAUCAAAAGUUGCCUACUAUGCCUCAACACCAAGAGUUUUCAAGUCCCUCUCCCCCUGAUAUCAUGAACCAUCCUCCUGACCACCUUCCCAAACCAUCAACACAUUCCCACCAGCCCUUAUCCACACAUUUUCAGGGAAGUAUGAUCCCUUCUGUAAUGCAUAGUCCUCCACCACAUCCUCAUGUGUCUCGGAUCAACAGUCCUCCUCCCCAUACCCAAUUUGGACAACUAGCCAUUUCUGAGAGUGAAGGACGACCUUUUUAUUCUGCUCCGCCCACGCCUGUACCGGCAUCAUUUGCUCACUCCCCUCGUUGGUUGCCCCAUGGAUAUCAAAGACAUUACAACAACUUCCAACCUCCUUCCUCAUAUGGCCCUAUUACUCAGCAUCCAACCCCGUUAUCCAGAUUAGCUCUCUUGAGUUCCAAUUCUAUGGCUCAUCACAGUUCAUCUCCAGUAGACAAGCAGCAUUUUGGAGCCAAUUCUGCUCAUAAUCAACACCAGGAACCACCCUAUCACCAAUCAGAAAGUCCAGAUUUUUCACAGUUGUUGGGCUAGGAACAAGUCUACUUCAACGAGUUAUUCAGUGAUUUUUCAAGGAAAUUCUGAUAAUGGUAAAAGAUAAAGAUUGGGUUUUGAAUUGAUUUUACAUUUAAAUAUUUUUCU